AACAACGUCAACGACGACGAAAAAAAGUUUUGUUUUCCUUUUAUUUUAUGCAAAAGAAUCAAAUAAAAAUUUUGUGUUGUAUUUUUAUAAUUGGAAAGCAUCCAUGGACGAAUGUUGCGUGAUUUGAAACGAAAAUAGAAAAUUGCGUAAAAGUAACGGCUGUGACGGUGACAACGACGUCGGGUGCAUGAAAAAUUCUUGAGCUAAAAAUUGAGAUUUGUAGAAUUCGUAAACGGUAACAAUGAUGACGGCAGCGACAACUUAGUCGACGAAUGAAAGAUAGCAAGAAAACCAAGCAUAACAAUAGAAGAAAAACUUCUGCUUUAAAACUCAGAAAUUCUUUAUUCUUAGGAUAAAGUAAAUAUAUUUGAUUUAUAAAUUUGACAGUACAACGGAGUACAUUGAAUAUAUAGAGGUGGCUAAAAGUUAUGGCAUUGGCUAGAAAAUUGACCGCUAAAAUAUAUGAGAUAAAAGCUCAUGACGGAAAUGUUACCAGUCUAGACCUUGGAGAAACUGGCAGUGUUUUAGUAACUGGAGGGCAGGACCGAAAUGUAAAUUUAUGGGCAAUCGGUCGGGAAGAACUUUUCAUGUCCUUAACAGGACAUAACAGACCCAUUGAUUGUGUACGUUUUGCAUAUAAUGACGAUUUCGUGUACUCGGCGGACGAUAUUGGUAUUAUUAGGCGAUGGGACUUAAACGCACAAACCAUUUGUUCGACUUUGAAUGGUCAUAUGAAAAGUGUACGAACUCUAGAUUUUAAUCCUUCUGGUGAAUAUGUGGUAUCGGGCAGCAAUGAUACUACCGUCAGGUUGUGGGACGUUAGAAAUCAAAAUAGAUGCAUUAAAAUUUAUCGGGGCCAUAUCGCUCAGGUUAACUCGGUAAAGUUUUCACCAGAUGGGUUGUGGAUUGCAUCUGCUGGCACAGAAGGAUCCAUAAUCAUCUGGGAUAUACGAAAAAGUAAACAAAUUAUGGAGUUUAGUGAGCACCCUCCAGCAGCUGCCAUUACUUGCAUCCAGUUCCAUCCGUUUGAGUUCCUAUUAGCAGUUGGCCGCGUUGACGGUACCAUUAGCAUAUAUGAUUUGGAAAGUCAAUCGCGUAUAUCUCAAACAGAAACAGAAAGUCAAUUUUAUGGUCAUCCAAUAAAGUGCAUAACGUUCAGUGAGAAUGGAGAAUGUCUCUUUGUGGGCACAGCAGCAGGUAUUUCUGUGAUCGGUUGGGAACCAGACCGCGAAUUUGAUCACAUAAUAUCAACAUGGACAGCGUUAGGCGAUAUGAAGGUGGUUAAUCGAAAGUUGAUUUGUGGUUCAUAUGAACAAAGUCUUGUUUCCAUCAAUGCACUUAGCAUUGAUCGCGUCUUUCCAUUUUACAAUCCACCCAAUUCAACGCCCACCGCUUUCAGUCAUAACUCUACUACACGCAAGAGCUUCUCGCGUGGUAGCCAGAAGUUAAGACUGUCAAUCACUGGCCCAAAAGCAUCGCGACUUGUAGAAGAGAAUGAAGAUAACAGAAGUCCCAGUAUUGAUGGCCAUUCGUCCCCAAAUUUAAGUCUUGAGUUGGUUGACGAGUCCUUGCUGGAUACCACAUCUCCUCCUCCACCACCAGCGCCUACUAUAUCGUCAUUAAAUGGCAUGAAUACUAAUAUUGUCAAUAGUAACUCCCUGCAUUUUGACUCUUCAUAUAGAGGAAUGACAUCUAUGACGCAUAAGUCCAACACAUCUCCUCCAUAUAAUUUUCCGUCAAUGGCAUCCAGCACCGGGUACAGUUCAUUCGGUGGCAACGGUCACUGCUCGUUAAAUUUCGAUGGACCCAGCUCGUUAAAAAUGCCCGGAGAGCGUGAUAUUUAUCUCCACAUGCCAUUGGGGAACUCAUUUGCAAAUGACAUUGAAUAUAAUUUAAAUGAAAGUAAUCCGCCCAUAAUAUCGAACUAUGACCACACAGAGCUGGUCGAAGACUUUCCGGUGAACCAAAACAUUCAUCAACAGCCAAAUGGACCAAAUUCAGUGAGUUCAACUACCGCGUCAAUGGGGCUGGCCCAAGCGAUUCCGGCGUUUAAGGGUCCGAAAUCGAAAGCAACAACCAGCGCACAAAAACGUAGCACGCAAAUAGCAAUAUCAACAACUGGCAAAUCACACAUGAACUCCUCACACCAGCAUCGUAGCAAGCUGUCGCAGGUGUCGUCGGUGAGUUCUACAGAGCUGCAUAAAUUAGAUGACAAUAUGCCAUUGAAGAAGUCAUCUUCGUCGCAUUACAUAAACAAGACGAAGCGUGGAARCGAAACGCAWUCAAAUCUCAACAAAGAGAACACAAAAAAUAAGAAUAUAAGUGUGCAAAUCUACGCAAAGCCGCCAACGCGCUCGCGCACCACACUGGAUCUGCGCUCGCCACAACGUCAAGCUGUUUCUGCAGCGGUGGCUACUCAAAGGCAAUCUAAUAGAUUUUCAAGUUACGUUGCAGAUGGCAGCACAAUCCCUAAUAUACCUGUCAACGCUCGGCCGGAUCCAGUGUUACUAACGCAAGGGAACUUGAACCAGAAGAGUUUUGGCAACCAUCAAAAUAUAGAUGAUAGUUUAGAGAUACAAAUAUUGCUGGCGUCGCAUGAACAAAUYUUUCAAGAGCUAAGCAACAGAAAUGCAACACUGCAGCUCAUACGGAAUUCUACAAGGUCUCACGACGUUAUUGGUGCUUUGAAGCAAGCUAUCAAGACAGGACGAACUGUGUUCGUCGAUCUUUUAGGCGCUAUAAUGGAAAAAACCUCGUCGUGGAACUUAGAUUUGUGUCUUCUGUUACUACCGGAAAUCUAUGAACUGUUACAAAGCCCACACAAGUUUCAUUACACGCGCGGCUGUGACACGCUUCGAGUGAUUCUUUCGAAUUUCUUGCCGAUUAUACAAGACAAUAUUGAUCCCUGGUCGAAUAGUUUGGGAGUCGAUGUUUCGCGAGAGGAGCGUCACCGCAAAUGCAUCGAGUGCCAGCACUGGUUGCUACAGAUACGCAAUUUGCCAGAAAGUAAUCAUUUCGGCAGCACUCUGUCCCAAUUGCAAAACAUGAUUGUUAAUAUUUAAUGGAACAUUWUGGUCUACCGGUUCAACCUUACACGUUUCCACACAUAUGUUUUGUGUUGUUUAUAUUUCAGUUUACCAGUAGCCAAUUCGGCUUCGUUCACUACAUAUAUACAUUUUAUGUCCRCCUUUAUUUUCAUUAGUUAUGGUGUCGAAAUUGUUAAUAAUUUAUUGUUAGGUUCGUAAAGAGUUAAAUCACUGCAUAUGUCAUGUAACAUUUAUGUUUCAAACUAGUACUAACAGUAUUUUAAGUUGCACGUGUGUUUGCAUUCUCAACAUUUUGUUGACCGUUUUCUCAUACGAAUAUAAAGUAACAACAUAUAACAAGAAAAACUGUUAGAAAACCAAGCUAUCGCUAUUGAUUUGUUUUUAUAAUAAAAUAUUCUUGCAUAACACUGCAUAUAAUAUAAUAUACAAUAAUAAGAAAACGCGUAUCCACAUACUUUGUAAAAAGUUCGAACACAUACACAUACAUAUACAUAUGUAUAUAUACAUAAUUAAUUAGCGGACGCAAUUUCAUUUAAACAUGAUCGUGAGAGAAGGGCUCACUAGUUAUUAAGCGUGAUCGUAAAAGUACUUACAUUUUUAAAAUAAUAUAAAUAUAUUAUAGAUAUCCAUUCCCCCAAGCAAAAAACCUAUGAAUGAAAAUUGAGAAACCAAAUUUUUUCCCAAAACGAAAAAAAAAAUACAAAAUAAUUAAAAACAUUCCCCCAGUUAUUAGAGAAUGAAGGAAGUAACAUAGCAAUUAUUUGAGCCAUUGCAAGUUUCAAUGCACGUAUUUUCGUUAAUUUAAAUCCAUUUCGUUAUUGGAAAGUGCCUUUAGGAGGAGGAGCAGGAGGAAGCGCACUAGAACCCCGUCGGUAGGAUGGCAGUAGAGACAUACUUUUUGAAAGUAGAAACAAUAGUGCGUUUAAGGCAAAAGUAAAUAUAAAACUCAGUCCAAAAUAAAAGAUGUACAUAUAAUUGAGACUUUUUAUGAACAUCAUAUUUUUAUACACGAAAGUGGCAGAACUGAAGAUAGGUCCGCAAUUUUAAUGUAAAAAUCAUGAUAAUAAUAGAAGCUAAGACAGCAAUUUUUUACGAUAUUACGCAAUAAGCAACAAUUUUUGGUUACAUGCGAGCCGAGUGACUUCCGAAUAAAGGAGAAAGUUGCGAUUAGAGCGUUUUGAUUUGAAAUUCGCUUUUGUUUUUUAUAAACAAGUGUUUAAGGAUGUAAAUAAUUGCAUAAAAAGCAAGAAUAAUAUAUUGUAUUUAUAAGACGAAGAAAUAAUUAUAUUUAUAUCGUAAGAGUAAUUCAACUUCCUUCCAUUAAUAAUUCGGCAAAGCGGAUUGAAACGUAAAUUAUGACAAUGAACAAAUAUUUU